UGUAUCUCUACUCUAGACUCCAGUCCAGCUCUACAGACAAACAAGUCUUUUGAUAUUUAUCAAUCUAGUUACCUAUACGACAGCUACAACUACACCAUACCUACACAAUGAUCCUCUCCACCACCACCAAAACCCUCCCAACCCAAACCCAAACCCAACCCCACCCCCAACCCAUCCCUGAGAACAUAACCCUCGGCACAAAAACCCGCCUCCCAGAAUUUAACCUCGCCGGCAAGAUCAUCUGCAUCUCCGGCGCAGCCCGCGGCCUAGGCCUCACCCAAGCAGAAGCCCUCCUCGAAGCCGGCGCCACCGUCUACGCCCUCGAUCGUCUAGAAGAACCUGACCCGCAUUUCUACACAGUGCAGAGCCGCGCCAAGACCGACCUCUCUACAACCCUGCACUACCGUCGCAUCGACGUGCGUGACACGACGCUCCUCAAUCGGGUAAUCGAGGAUAUCGCAAACACGCACGGCCGACUUGACGGGCUUAUUGCCGCGGCCGGCGUACAGCAGGAAACCCCCGCGCUGGAGUACACGGCCGCCGACGCGAGCCGGUUGCUGGAGAUUAAUGUGACGGGGGUUUUUAUGACUGCGCAGGCGGUGGCGAGGCAGAUGAUUCGCUUCGGGAUGGGUGGGAGUAUUGUGUUGAUUGCGAGUAUGAGUGGGACGGUUGCUAACAGGGACCUGUCCUGCCCCGCCUACAACGCCAGCAAAGCCGCCGUCCUGCAACUAACCCGCAACCUAGCCAUGGAAUGGGGUCCGUACAAUAUCCGGGUUAAUUCGCUGUCCCCCGGGUACAUUCUGACAUCCAUGAUGACUGAUUUGUUUGAGGAGUAUCCCGAGAGAGCGAGUGAGUGGCCGAGACAGAAUAUGUUGGGACGGUUGUCGAGGCCCGAGGAGUAUCGGGGGGCUGCUGUGUUUUUGUUGAGUGAGGCAAGUGGGUUUAUGACGGGGAGUGAUUUGAGGGUUGAUGGGGGGCAUGCGGCGUGGUAGGGUUGAUUUGGAGGGGUGUGGUUUGUUCUUGUGCACUCUGUACUCUGUACUUCUCUGGUUAGUUGGUUUAAUAUGUAUAAUUUUUGUGUUGUACGAGACAAGGUUGGCUAGACGAUGCACAUGAUAUGACAUCCAUG